AUGCCGGAGAUAUUUGCGGCCCCCAGCCUGGAGGCGCUGGAAGGCGUGAUCAUCCGCAACGCGCGCGACUUCAACCACGACCACGUGGCGGCCAGCAUCGCGCGCCUGGCGUCGCUCAUGGGCGCGGAGACGGGCGCGGACCAGAGCGUUGGGCGGCCGAGGGAGGGGCCGGCGCGGAAGCGGGAGCUCGCACAGGCGCAGCGGCUGCUGUCGGGGCUGUGCAGCGCACUGCUCAGGUUCCCUGCUACCGUGUCGGCCCGCCAGAUCACCACUGGGCUGCGCACGCUGGCGCUGCUGGCGCCGCAGGAUUCUGAGGACCUGUCCCUGCAGCUGUGCAAGCUGCUGGUGGCCGGCGAUGGCAGGCGGAUGGAGGCGGCCGAGGGGAUGGAGGCCGUUCUCAUAGCCUGGGCGUUGGUGAAGCUGCCCAACGGCGUCCCCGAGCCCGCCGCCGCCUACACAGAGGCCCUGGUGGCAGAGGCCGACGGCCCAAAGCGCGGCGGCGGCGGCGGCGAUGCAGCGGCGGGGCCCUCGGACCCUACAGACACAGAGCAGCGGGACGCCAUCUACCGCCGGUUGUGGCAGCUGCUGGCGAUUGCGGCGGUGCGGCUGGCGCCGUCGAUGGAGCGCGGCUUGGGCACCAUGCUGUGGUCGUUCGGCCGCGCGCACCAGGAUCAGGACGGGCGGCUCGCAGAGGCGCUGGCCACCCGCGCCGCGGACACGGCGCCGUUCCUGAUGGCCCGUGACCUGGUGCCCAUGACCUUUGCGUACGCGCAGCAUCAUGUCAGGCGGCAGCGCGGCGUCGAGGCCCAGUGGCGGCAGCAGCUGGCCGACUUGCAGGGCCUGCACGGCCCCUCCGGCGCACGCGCCAUUGAGCGCCUGCGCGCGGUGCUGCCGCGCGCGGUCAAGAACCUGCUGCCGGAGCUGCUGUCGUGGCAGCUGGCGGCGCUGCUCGCGUCGCUGCGGCUGGCGGGCAUCUCCGACCCGGAGCUGAUCCAGAUGGCGCUGCCGCAGGUCGUCGACGCCGCCAAGCACUACGGCAGCACGAGCCACCUGGCGCCGCGCCCCUGGAACGUGUCCUGGCAGCACCUCUCGCAGCUCGCGGUCGGCUGCCUGCCCUUAGGCGUAAAGGCGGCUGACCUGGCGGUGGCAGGCUCGGCGGUGGACACGGACGCCACGGGCGAGAGCCUCGACGGCGGCGGCGGCUUUGACGCGGCCGGGCACAACGACGAGGAGCAGGCGCGAGAGGACGAGCUGGCGGCCGCGCUGACAACCGCCGCCGCCGCCGCUGCUAAGGGCGGCGCCGCGGCGGCGCCCCAGAGCCACGCCGCGGCGCGGGCGGCGAUCUCUGCGGUCGCGGCGGCAGCCCAACGGCUGAUGCAGCGCGAGCAGGAGCGCAGCUCCCGGUGCUGA